AUGUUGCAUUCAUUGGCUGAGAUUCAUUCUGCAAGUUCAAAUUUGAUGCGUGCAUCUCCAAAUCCGGAAGGUGCAAACACGUGGAGCGAUGAAUCAAUCAGGAUUGAAAGCCUUCUAGAACAAUUUGAUCUUCGUGAAGUCAAUGAACCUGCAGUCUGCAGCCCUGGCUGGACCCACGAUACAAAGCACGAAGACAUUAUUGCUUAUGAGGCGAACAUUCUGAUCAAAGUUGUUGCAAUAUUCUUGAUAUUCUUGGCUGAAGUUGUGGAGGUCCAAUGA